GGUGACGGUGCCACUCAGUGCCUAGCUCCUCACACAGCCUGCGAGGCCAUGUGACCCACACCGGCACUGUUGUUAGGCUGUUAAACCUCGCGAGUGGCGUCCACCUGACGACAUCGUUUAAUUACUGUAGGCAAAUUGUGACCUCACUGAAAAGGGAAACAAUGGUGGAGAGAGUGUGUACCAGAUUAGUUAGGAGCUACGGGCGUGAGUUAGAUAAAUACUCCCUGGACCAGCAUGUGGAGAACUAACGGCAAUGCCACUAGUAGUGACAGUGCCCGCAGCCAGGAUGAUUUAGCAGGCAGUGCUAGGCAGUGAUCCGUGUGACAAGUCUCGUCUCAUCAAUUGACGCCAUGAUAGAGACGUAAGAGACAACAGCCCCCGCUGCACACGAGUUUGCAGAGAAGUGUGCAGCUGCUGCCGGAGACGGUGCAGCUGCUGCUGGAGAGGGGUGCAGCUGCUGCUACCAGAGAGGGUGCAGCAGGUGAUGCAGGCAGGGGCGUGGUGAGAGGCAGCUACGCCAGGCCACCAGAGUCCCAGCCUCCCACUAUGAUGCCUGAGCUCAGAUCUUGCCGCUACGAGCCUCGCUAUUCGGGCAGCCUGUCUCCCGAAGCUCGCCCACAUUCCGUGUCUCCCAGUUACCCAAGCCAUGCCCACAGGCACGCGCACAUCCACUACUCACCCACGCACGAGGCGCGCCCAUCCUCGGCAGACCUAGCAGAACCUUUCCUGACGGUGACCCAACAGCAGCUCGCUCACCACACCGACUCCAACUUCGAUGUGAAAUCCGAAGAUGAUUACCUUGACGAGGACGAUGCCCAUGUGCCGCACGUGCUGGCACCGCCAACGCACGUUGCAGGUCAUGCCCACCCUCGCACGUGUUUGUUAUGGGCGUGCAAGGCGUGCAAGAGAAAGAGCGUCACUGUUGACAGACGGAAAGCAGCCACAAUGAGAGAGAGACGGAGACUACGGAAGGUAAGAUGA